AUGAAGCUUUCGAUUAGUACUGGCCUUGUGUCAGCUAGCACUUUAUUGCUUGUCUCUCUGCCAGGUGUUACUGCAGACUGCGAUCUUCCGUCCACCUACUCUUGGACAUCAACCGAUGCACUAGCCGAGCCCAGCUCAGGGUGGGUAUCGCUGAAGGAUUUCACCAAUGUUGUCUACAAUGAUCAACAUCUCGUCUAUGGAUCAAUCGUUACCUCCGACGGGAAUUAUGGCUCUAUGAACUUUGGCCUCUUUUCAGACUGGUCUGACAUGGCCUCAGCCAGCCAGACCGCAAUGACAGACUCAACUGUUGCGCCAACCCUCUUCUAUUUUGCGCCAAAAGACAUCUGGAUUCUGGCAUACCAGUGGGGAUCAACUGGCUUCUCCUACAGAACAUCAAGUGACCCAACUAACGCCAAUGGAUGGUCAUCAGAGCAAGCACUUUUUUCUGGAACCAUCUCCGACUCCGAUACUGGUGUCAUCGACCAAACAGUUAUCGGCGACGAUGAUAACAUGUAUCUCUUCUUCGCGGGCGAUAAUGGCAAUAUUUACCGGGCCAGUAUGUCUAUUGACGAUUUCCCGGGUGAUUUCGGUACUUCAUCAGAGAUCAUCCUGAGCGAUACGACUGGCAACUUGUUCGAGGCUGUCCAGGUGUACACUGUUCAGGGUCAGGAUAAAUACCUAAUGAUUGUCGAGGCGAUCGGGUCGAAUGGGAGGUAUUUCCGUUCGUUCACGGCUGACAGUCUGGAUGGUACCUGGACAGUGCAGGCGGGUACGGAGAGUCAUCCCUUCGCUGGAAAGGCCAACAGUGGCGCUACCUGGACCGACGACAUCAGCCACGGUGAUUUGGUUCGCACAAACCCUGAUCAAACAAUGACUAUUGAUGUGUGCAACCUGCAGUUCCUCUACCAGGGACGUGACCCGAACGACAGCGAAGACUACAAUUACUUGCCUUACCGACCUGGCGUGUUGACGCUGCAGCAGUAA